AUGCCUUGGUCAUCCUCUUGCCCCCUCCUCUUCCUCCUCUUCCUCCUCCUGAGCCGUGAGGUGUGGAGCUACGAGGCUCCCGAGGACAAACAGGAUGUGUUUGCCAGUCGAGCUUGUUCAGCUUUUCUGAGCUUCACCAACGUUGUGUGUCUGGCUGGAGUCACGGUGGAGCUGCCCUGUCGCUGCAAGCCUCCACAGGUCCAAUCAGUCCUGUGGUUCUUCAGGAAACAUCUGGGCAGCUCCGAGGACACCGGAGCUCUGAGCCAUCACCAUGACAGCCAGCAGCUGGACACCGGGCAGGUCCCUCACAGCGCCGAGCUGCCGAGUCGAUCCUCCAUCCGUCUCUUCAGCCUGUUGAUCUUCAGGACAGGACCCGGCGACUCUGGCUUCUACAUCUGCGGCUCCGCCCAGAAAGACUUUUUCUACGGUUACGACCUGGACGUGCAGGAGGUGCACCGGAUCCGCUUCACUCCGAGACUGGCUCCAGACAGAAGGAACCAGGACCUGAUGGAGAUUAAAAGCCGGAGCUCCAGUCAGCCGCGGCAUCUUGUCUUCACCGGCUUCAAGCCCUGGACGGUGUGCGACCGCUGUGGGGUGGGGGGGGAGCAGGUCCGUGUGGGGCUCUGCUACGUCCGCUCCCAGUUCCUCCAUGUACGCUACCGACGAGCCAAUCAGACGGUGGCUUCAUGCGGCUCAGGGGCGGUGCCCCGGGCGUUCGGCCUGAAGCGAGGCGGAGCGGAGGCCCAGCUGGAGGUGAGGAGAUGUCAGGUGACCUGUCCACCUCAACCUCCGCCCUCCUCCAAACUCCUCACUCUGAUGGCUCUCUUUGGUUCUGCCUCCGGGCCAGUAGACGUACCAGUGUUCUACCUGAACCACCCCGCGGGCCGGGUCCUGACCCUGGGGUGCCCCGGGGCUCGAGCGGACAUGGCCGUGGCUUGGGACCGAGGCUCCGAACCCAUUUACAGAUCCCAACACUUGGCCGGGGGCUCCAUCGGCACCAAGGCCUCCAGGCUGCGGAUCGACUCCGGACACCACCUAGUGUUCAAACCUGCAACGCUUCAGGACACAGGUGUGUACUGCUGCUGGCUGCAGGGUCGUCCGGCCGCUCAGAUCCGCCUCCUGGUCUACCUUCAUUUAGGGGGGGGCCAGUCUGUGACAUCACACCCUGACUUCCCGACAGCUGUCAGCAGCGUGACGAUAUGUUACGCUGCCAUGACGAGCGUGUUCCUCCUGCUGGUGGUCGUCAGAGCUGGAGUCCGAUGCCUGAGGGACGCAGCACAGACACAGUAG